ACCCGCUGAGCAUCUUGGGAAAGUAAUGUGCUGCAAUCAUGGCGGCCACCGGAAUUCGAAUGUUGUCCUUCAGUAAAAAUGCAAAGGCGUUAAUUUCUCCCUUGAACCUCUCUGCUGUGCCCGUGCACCGUUACUCCGUGGAGGUUGCCACUACCGGCGAGGCCAUCACACAUACUGGACAGGUUUACGAUGCAAACGACCCAAGGAGGGCCAGAUUCGUUGGCAGACAGAAGGAGGUGAAUAAGAACUGGGCCAUCAAGUUGGUGGCUGAGGAGAGCGUGAGUGACGUGGAGGCCCGUGUUGUGUCCUGUGAUGGCGGAGGAGGAGCACUCGGUCACCCCAAAGUCUACAUUAAUCUGGAUAAAGAUACUAAAGUUGGCACAUGUGGCUACUGUGGAUUGCAGUUCAAGCAAAAGCAUCAUCACUGAAUUAACUCCUCUUCCUUCUCUACAUUGUAACUUGCAAUAUUGGUUAAUAAAUUUAUCAUCGACCUA